AUGGCACCUUGUCAACAUGCACCCAAGACGGCCACCAUACCUGCUCCCACUGUUCCCAUCCCCACCAGUGUUAUUCACAUCCCCACUGCUGUUAUUCCUGUCCCUGUUGAUGCUAUUCCCGUCCCUGCUGGUGUUAUUCCCAUCCCUGUGGGUGUUAUUCCCAUCCCCACUGGUGUUAUUCCCACCCCUGUUACCAUUGUCCCCAUCCCGCUCCCUCGUAGAUAUCAAGACUUCAGCCAUUCUCAACCUAUGGUGGAUGAAGGGGAAUGUUUUGACCUUGACAAUGUCUCUGGUGAUGAUGAUGAUGAAGAGUAUGGCCCGCCUGCACCUACCAUUAGGGCUCCUGCAGCCCCUAGUCCACUUCAGACAGCCGCGCAUAAUGACCAUCCCACCCAAACUACUCUCUUGGACACUGGUAGUCUAAUGAAAAAGGCCAAAGGCACUGAUGAUUUCCAUUUCUUUUUCAGGCUGGAUGAAGUUACUGGGUGUAAUACCUGCAUACCUUGCGAGUGA